AGUGAUGUUGGAUGUUUUUAUUAAAUUUAGUGAAUAUUUUUAAAUGUUACUGUUUUAUUUGGAAAUAAUACAUAUAUAUCAAAGUGAUAUUUUGUUGCUGACAGGAUUUGUGUACUUCAAUUGAAAUUUUUAUUAGGAUGGAUCCUAUAAAUAGAAUGCCAAUCCAGGCGCCGCAUUGGACGGACUAUCUCAAUUGUCCAGUGUGCUGCCGAGAAUUUGGCCCCUCACCACGUAGCCCAGUCAGUCUCGGCUGUGGCCACACCCUUUGUGAACACUGUCUGAAGCAUUUGCAUAGAAAACAUUGCCCUUUCGAUCAGGCUGCGAUUCAAGCAGAGCCGGAGGAGUUGGCCGUCAACACGGCACUCCUACAGUUGGCGGGCUACACACCCCCGCCGCAGCCCUUCCACCCGCCAAGCAUACAGGCCUUGUCCGAGACUGACCGCCACGCAUAUGAUGUCGUCGUCCGGAGUCUUGAGCAUCUCGCCAUUUAUCUUAAAUUAUGUGCGAACAACAGUAUUGGGAAUCGGCUAUCCCGGCCGAUGCAAAGGAAGCUGGUCACUCUACUGCAGUGCGCUAUAACAGAUGAAGAGGGCCGCGGGAGGGCAGCUCGGGCCGCCCGGUCGUUGGGAGAGAGAUCUGUUACUGAACUUAUUCUGCAACAUCAGAAUCCGCAACAGUUGAGUGCCAACUUAUGGGCGGCGGUGCGAGCGCGAGGUUGUCAGUUCCUUGGCCCGGCGAUGCAGGAGGAAGUUCUCAAAUUAGUUUUAUUAGCCCUUGAAGACGGCUCUGCAUUAUCGCGGAAGGUCCUAGUGAUGUUCGUAGUCCAAAGAUUAGAAGGCGAUUUUCCUCAAGCGUCUAAAACAAGCAUAGGUCAUGUUGUUCAACUGUUGUAUAGAGCUUCUUGUUUUAAGGUAUCGAAACGCGAGUGUGACUCAUCAUUAAUGCAACUAAAAGAAGAGUUCCGCACGUACGAAUCUCUGCGUCGCGAGCACGACGCGCAGAUAGUUCAGAUCGCUACGGAGGCUGGGCUCAGGAUCGCACCGGAUCAGUGGAGUGCCUUGCUAUAUGGAGAUACAGCGCAUAAGAGCCACAUGCAAAGCAUUAUAGAUAAACUCCAAACCCCACAGUCGUUCGCUCAGUCGGUUCAAGAGUUGUUCAUAGCGUUGCAGAGGUCGGGAGACCCGGCACAACUCGUUGUUAUGAGCAUGCCACUAGAUAGACUUGCCAGUAUCGAUCCUAGUCCAGAUGCAACAAGUCCAUCCUGGCAAACGCUAGCGGAAAUAAUAACAGCCGUAAAAGAAGUCGUCUCCGGUCUCGUUAAUUAUUUACAACAACAGACGACGGGCCGCGACUCGAAUCACAACCAAAAGCACGCUACCCAAGACAAAUCGGAUUCAUCAGCAAGUCAACCGUCGCCGCAGGGUGGUACAACGCCUCCGCAUAAAAUAAAAACAGCUUUCUGCCGGGACGCGAACACUAGAAGUGGGUGUCCAAGGGGUAAUAACUGCAACUUUUCGCAUUUCGAAGACGAUAUGGACAGGUACCGAACGGUGCAAACGAGCACCACAAUAACGAACGGGAACUACUCGUACAUAUCGAGUCUGCCGCCGAUGUCGAUCCCGCCGCCGACGAUGGGCGGGCAGGUGCCGCUGCACGUGUACCAGCGGUUCCCCCCACCGCCGCUGCCACAGGCCCAACACGUCAUUCAGCACCUGGAGGCGUUUAACAUUGUGCCGAUUACGUUGGCAGCGAUCCAUUCCAUGUCUUCGCCGAUGCCGGCGAUGCAAGCGGCGCCUAUGUCGCAGGAGAUGCCGCUGGCCAACCAGAUGGCGGACGCGGCGAGGAACGACAAUAUGCAGCCGAGGAACUAUACACCAACUGGUAUUUUGACCGGGCAGCAGCCAAUGGGGAUGAAUCAGGGUAACGUGAUGAUGCAGCAGGAGCGGCCGUACUGCCCUCGCUAUAGCGGGUUGCUGACGAUUGCCAGUGAGGCGAACCAGCAGUACCGGCCGGAUUACCUGAGCGCUAUAUACCAAGCCAGCUCUAUGGCCAGCUCAGCCACCAUGGCCAGCUCGGUCGGCGUGCAAAGCUCGGUCGGAGUGCAAAACUCCAUGGGCGUAGCCAGCUCGAUGGGCGUAGCCAACUCGAUGGGUGUUCCCAACACGAUGGGUGUGCCAAGUUCUAUGGGCGUACCAAGCACGAUGGGCGUACCCAGCUCUGUCGGGGUGCCAAGCUCUGUCGGAGUGCCCAACUCGGUGGGAGUGCCCAGCUCGGUCGGCGUGCCGAGCUCUGCCAGCUCGGUCUACCAACACGACCGCAAUGCUAAUGUGCAGCGCCCGGUUUCGAACCUCUUCGCGAACGUGCCGGAGCAAAACGCGUUCUCCUCCUAUGAUGAUUUGGGCCUCGGCUCUGACAUGCAGUUCCGCAGCCCGCCCGGCUUCCCGCCGAUGUCCGCUCGACGCCGUGUUGACUCGUGGCCGACUACUUCGAACUUCGAUUACAACUCGAUGACCGAGGCCAUGCCGCAGAUGCAAGCGCCCACUGACAAUGCUUACGAUUUCAAUCUCAUGAGGGAUGCUCUGCCAGUAAUUCCUGGACCAUCUGAUAAAAAUUUGAACAACAACAUGGCGGGCGACAGGCGCGUGGUGGGAGCGGACAGAUACUAUGUGUUGCUUAGGGAUCUGGUUUCCAUCCCAGACAAGGAGGACACUACUAACGAGGACGAGGACGAGCACGAGCUCGAGGAGGAGCUGAUGGCCUUGGAGCGCCGCAUCGAUACUGAGUUUAAGAGUACCGACUAAAUGAACACCUCCACGCUACAUCUUGCACAGUCUUGCAAUUCUGUUGAUUUGUUUUGUUGUCUUAUGUAUAAGUCAAAUGUGGUGCAAUUAAUUUUACAACCUAAUCGGUUGACUCCGUGUACUUUAUUAUAGUUUUAUUAAGUCUAUUUACAUUUCUUGUUUUGUUUAUUUUUAUAGUUUUAUAUUUACAAAAUAUGUUAUGAUUUAUAACGUAUCUUCCAGUUUCUUCCAUGUAUUGUAAUUUUUUAUCUAUACACUUUAUGAAUUUUUUUACAAUACCUGAUGCAGUUUAUCGUCAUGGCUCUAAUAAUUAAUAAUUCAUCGAAGUAUAUAUUUUAGGUUGCAUAAAUUUUCAUAGGACCAAAAAUGACCCGCGGCAGUCGAUCCCAUGUUGGAGCGAUUCACGCGCGUAAUGAAAUUUCGCAUUUAUAAGCUAAGUGUGAAAAGUAUCUUUGUGUCCCGCGUCUACCAAAAAAAAAAUACGUUUUUAGCUUUUUUUUGCAAUAAAAUAAUACUAAAAACAAUUAUAUCGGUUUCACCAAAUUAUACCCACAAAUUAAAACAGCAUUAUCUCGAAAGAGUCUCAUUUCUUUUACAGCAAUGGAACAUAGAAAAGUAACUGCGCCCCUUUUCAUUCGAAAUCAUCAAAUUAAAAUCUUUGAUUAACUCAAAUGAAUAGGACCAUGUUUCAUUCAUCCGAUACCUAAGUAUUUUCUUGCAAGCGCGGGUUGGAUAAAGGUUUUUCACACCUGGAUUGAAAUGGUGACCUAUGGAAAUUUAUACAGCUUACUAGAUUCAAAGUUUUUCCAAAUUUGAAAUUGUUAAUUCAAAUUGAUGCUCUGCAGGCAGACCUGUGUCGUUUAUGGAACUAAGAGUUCAUAUAUAUCGACUUAACUAGGGAAGCCGUCCAAAAUUUACUUUGAUAAUAUAUUUUAUUAACUUAAACCUCUCCGAUCAAAUUCCACAUGUCUCUCAUUAUUAUAUUUGUUGAAUUUAUGAUAUUUUGCGAUCGUAAAUCAAAUAUAAUUGCAUUCAUACCCUGUGUUAGACGUAAGUUUAUAUUAAUUAUUAUUAACCAUCUCGAUGUCACAACUGAGUGUAACUUGUUGGUGUAAUAGUUAUUCAAGUUUAUAGUAGCAGCGUGAAUCGAUUGCAUGAUCGAUUGACGAUCUAUAAUUUAUCUCGAUGUGAAUUUAUUCGUAAAACGUAGCAUCAGUAUAGGCCUAAAGAGAGGCGGAUUAACUCGGACCGCGACAAUCAUCAAAAUUCUAUUUAGUAGUAUUUGAAAAUAUAUCAUAUUAUACAUGUUUAAUAUUAAGUGUUUCCUAAGCAUUUCUGUCAUUACUAUCAGUAGGCAGUUACAACAUUAGCUCGUAAUCUUAUCGUCGUCGGUGUUUUAGCUAUCAUUAUGCCUAGGUGUCACUAGGCCUGUCGAGUCAAUUUUAUAUUCCGAUUCUACGUUUCCUUUGCAAAUACCUCUAAUCAAGAUCAAGAUGGAUUUCAGAGUUCAUAUGUUUGAACGUGAUGUUCCGUUCCGUUAAAUUUCGCGCUGUCCCGUGGUCCCAAUAAUCGCUAGAUUCACUUUGGUCGCGACGCGUUGAUACUUUACUGAGGGGCGAUUUUCCUUUCGAACGUUGUUCACUUAUAGUUUUAUAAGUUUUAGAUGUAUUAUUUAACGUGCUUCUAUGUUUUCGCCUUCGCUCUUCACCUUCACUUUAUCGAUUUUAGUAAACCAGCUCUCGUCGGAGACGAAUAAUUUUUUUAAGGAUAUAUAUCUACCAUUCUUUAACGAAGGAAGAAGGGAAGUUGACGGUGACAAACCUCUAUCGAUACCGACUUUGACUGAUUCAAGUGAUAGGAGAUGACACUUAGUAUCUAACACGAGAUGGAUUGGAGAGUAGGAUAAUAGAACAAUUCGCAAGUUUGUUCUUGUGCUUUAUAAUAUAAUAUAAUGUCAUAACAGGGGAAUAAUAGAAUCCGCGAUGUGUUUUGGGCGUUGUGCAUACGUAUUUUAUUAUUACCAUUUGAAUGCUCCGUGUGGAACUCAAAUUUCCAUCCGGUGAACAACAUUUAUAGAGAAUGAUGGUGGGUGUAAAAAAAUUGAUAUAUCGGGAGCGAUAUUUAAGGCUGGUGAUGCGUCUAUAUAAUUAUAUAUAUAGAUGUUUGUGUAUAAAAAUAAUGUAAGGCUGUAAUAUACAUGCAGCUGGAAGAUUCAACUCAACGCCGUGCUGCCUACGAUGUAAUACACUUGAUUUUCUUUUUUUUUUUACAAGUUAUAAAAUAUUUACCAAUUGGUUUACGAACGUUUUAGUUAUAUAUACCUUAAUAUUUAUAUAAAAAACGCGUUAUAAAAACAAUAUGCAUUAAUUGUUGGUUAUACAAUGUUGUUCGAAUGAUUUUUAUUGUUUUUGCAAUAAGCGUGUUUGAGGUAACUUUGUGCAGUUCUCAAAUGAGUUCGUUUUAUAGUUUACUGUCAUAUAAUUAUCUGUUAAGAAUGAAAUAUUUUGAGUAUACAUUGAUCUCGGAUUGUUCUGAACUUUUGUAUAUUUGUAAAAAUAAUUGUGAGGACUUCAAGUAUAAAUUUAGUGCUAUUUAACAUGGAGUGCAAUGACUAAACAUAUUUUUACUAAACAAAUCAAUGAACUACUCCUGUAUUUUAUUUAUGGUGUAUUAAUUGAUUUUAUUUGUGUAAAAAAUCGAAAUGGUUUCAUUUGUAAAUUUUGGACAGAUAGUUUUUUUAUUUCACUCGUGAAUUAGUCUAUAAAUGUAAUAUGUUAAUGAUACUGAGUUAUACCAAAUUGACUUUGGUGUUGAUUUUUUCCUAGGAAAAGUUAGUAAAUUGUGUUUUAUGAUGGUCUGUUUAAAGACCGCGAUGCGACCGUCAUCUCCGCACUUCGCUUUUGUAAGUUACGCGUGAUGCAUAUAGUAGAUUUUAAUAAAUAUGUGCAUCUACCAUAUUGUCUUUAUUUUGAAUUUAGUAUUUAUUUUUAGAGUAAUAAGUGUUAUUCUUAAACCCCAAAGGUUUUAUUAUAAUUCAGCUAUCUUCGCCAAAUGCUACAUUUAAAAAUCGAAAAAAUCAAUGUUUCUUUGCAAUGAAAUUUAAAUAAAUCGUCCGAUGUUGCUACAUUUAUUAUCGUGAAGGUAAAAGUUAAUUAAUGUUAAAUCAAUCAUAUGUUUAAAUACUAUUUUUAUAUAACAUCGAGUAACUCCGAUACUGUGUUUUAUUGUAUUGUUGAAAUUUGUUAUGCACUCAUUUUCAUGUAUAUGACAGGCAUUGAUUGUGUUGAUCAUUUCGUCGCUACCAACUGCGUUACUUUACCUUGUGAUUAUUUAUCUGAAUAUAUAUAUAUAUAUACAUUUGUAAUGUAUUUAUCAUAUUAUUUAUAACACUGAUGUGUUAGUGUGAUCCGGCGUCGGGUUGCAUCUUUCGGUUAUAUUUUUAUAGAGGUAUAAAUAUAAAUAUCGGAGGCCAACAGUCUCCAGUUAACCUUUGCAUUUGUUUAAGAAUGCGUAGAAAUUUAAUUUUGAUUUAACUAUUUAUCUAAUAUAUUUAAUGGCGUCGGAAAGCGCUAGUUGUAACCUACUACUACAUACAGAUGUAUCGUUACUGUAUUAUAUACCUACUAAGUUUAUCAUGUGAUUUUUAAGGUUAUAGUACAAGAACUGUGAACUGAUCCCGUCGUCAAGAUAACUGAUUACAUAUGAAAUAGUGUUAGUCAAUGGCUGGUGUUUUUAUUUAAACGUCGGUUAUAUUGUUGACGCGAUCGGGUAAGAAUUUAUCUAGUGUCCCUCGCUUAAUCGUUGGUGUUUAAAGCAUUGUGUGAACUUGUGAAUCCAUAAUACAUAAUAUAAUCUAUGAUGUCGAUACCUAGAGUACAUUUCAGCGACCUUAAACACUUUCGAUAUACAAUGUAUGUGUAUUUUAAACGUACCGAAGACCUAUAUAGAUGCAUUUCUGCGAUAUUAUUAGUUUUUGCUUAAGUUUUGUUAAAACUUUUUUCUUAACAAAAUAAAAAGAUUUUUUGUGGUA